CGGGUCAUUUCACCAGGCCGGGUUGAACCCAAUUCCUAUGUUAGGGGUUUAGGGCAGUGCAGAGUGCACACACCGAACCCGUGCUUCAACGUGGUUGCUUCCCCUUCUUCUUCAUGCUUCAGCCACCUGCCACGGCCACCACCGCGUAGGCGCACGCCAGCCAAGCAGCCACAGCCUUCUUCCCUUUCUUCCUCACCAGCCAGCCAGCCUCAACCACCAAUCCACCAAGAUUCGCGGCUUUCCUCGCACCGACCACGCUGUUGUCUUUGAUCGUCGCUGCCCCAACCACCAGCUCGUCGUCGUUCAAACCAGUAGCAGCCACCGAGAGCCACCAACAGCCACUGUCGCGCCAAAGAACGCGCUCAACCGUCCUCGAGGAAAAAAUUUGGCUUGCUUGAGAAGCACAAAGACUAUGUUGAGCGUGCAAAAGCAUUCCACAAGAAAGAGGACACCAUACGGAGGCUUAGGGAAAAAGCGGCAAACAGAAACGAAGAUGAAUUUUACUUUAAGAUGAUCAAGACAAAAGUCGUUGAUGGAGUUCAUAAACCAGAGAGUGAUGCAAACAAGUAUACCCAAGAAGAACUUCUGCUGAUGAAAACACAGGAUAUAGGAUAUAUUCUUCAAAAGCUUCAGAGUGAGAGAAAGAAAAUUGAGAAGCUGAAUGCCACUCUGCACUGUACUGAUAAUCGGCGGCCAAAUAAGCAUGUCUUCUUUGCUGAGGACAGGGAAGAGGCAAAAGAGUUACAAUCACAAAAUCUAAGAAGAGAAGUUCAUCUUCCUCUUACUUCCGAUGAUCUACCUACGAACAUUAAGAGAAAGAUUGCCAAAUCCUAUAAAGAGCUGGAAGCGAGGAAGACUAGACUCAGCCAGCUAGAGAAAAUCUACUUGGACAUGUCAAUGCAGAAAGAGUUGCAGAAAAAGGGUAAGAAGCGCAAACUACGAGAAGACGAGCUUGUCACUCCAGCCUCUAAAUCGGUAUACAAGUGGCAUGCUGAAAGAAAGCGCUGAAUGGGAUAAAAUAGAGUAUCUGACCUCUUAGCGUAAGGAUAAUUCAUUUCCUUGAUUGUGUGUUUCUACUGGAGAUGGAAGCACAGAGCAUAUGUAUUCUAGGGCUACUGGUUUCGGUGUUGAUAGCAGAGUAGCCAGCUUUCUUGCUGGGAAUUCCUUGAUCAUCAAGUAAUAGUCGAAUAUCUUUUCAAUACUAUAGAUUUUGUGAAAUGCAUGGUGUUUUCAUAUAGAUCCUAAAUGGAAUGUAACAGUUGAAUUUCUAUUUCCAAUACUAAAGAUUUUGUGCAACUUAUCAUGGGUAGCUGGAAAUGCCGCCUAUUUUUA